GAAUUUUUAGGAUUAGUACAAAAGUAUCGAUAUCACCAGGGAUAGAUUCUUUCUCCUCGACCACCUCUCUCCAGUCUAUGAAAUUCUCUCUCUAGCCAGUCAUGGCUAUGCCCCAGCACCAAUUCCAACAGCAACAACGAUCAAACAACUUCCGGAACUUGUAUAACAUCGACGGUCAGAUUCCGCCGCCGGUUUCCUAUUUCAACGGCCCUAAUCUCGCCGAUCAGUCUCAGCAUCCUCCGUACAUACCUCCCUUUCACGUGGUAGGGUUCGCACCUGGUCCGGUUCCUGCCGGUGAUGGCAGCGAUGGCGGAGUCGAUUUGCAGUGGAACAAUGGUUUGGAACCGAAGAAAAGGAGGCUGAAAGAGCAAGAUUUCUUGGAAAACAAUUCACAGAUUUCUUCUGUUGAUAUAUUGCAGCCCCGAUCAGUCUCCACGGGGUUAGGUUUGUCACUUGACAACGGUCGCUUGGCUUCGACGGUGGACUCGCCAUUUCUUGCGUUUGGUGGAGACGACAUUGAUCGCGAGCUGCUGCGACAGGAAGCAGAGAUUGAUAGAUUCAUCAAAGUUCAGGGUGAUCGAUUAAGGCAAGCAGUUCUAGAGAAGGUUCAGGCCAACCAACUCCAAACUAUCUCAUACCUUGAAGAAAAAGUCGUUCAGAAACUCCAUGAAAAAGAAGUAGAGGUGGACAAUAUCAACAGGAAGAAUAUGGAGCUUGAAUUGCGGGUGGAACAGUUGGCUCUGGAAGCAGGUGCUUGGCAACAGCGGGCCAAAUACAAUGAAAACAUGAUUAACACCCUUAAGUUCAACCUUCAGCAAGUCUACGCGCAGAGUAGAGAUAGUAAAGAAGGGUGUGGUGACAGUGAGGUAGAUGAUACAGCCUCUUGCUGCAAUGGUCGUGCGAUUGAUUUCCACCUGCUUUGCAAGGAGAGCAAUGAAUUGAAGGAGUUGAUGACAUGUAAGGUUUGUAGAGUCAACGAGGUGUGCAUGCUUUUGUUACCUUGUAAGCAUCUCUGCCUGUGUAAAGAUUGUGAAAGUAAGCUUAGUCUUUGUCCCCUGUGUCAGUCCUCUAAGUUUAUUGGCAUGGAGGUCUAUAUGUAGUGAGAUAUGUUAAUGUCUAAUGCUAUGUUACAUGCAUUGUUCUUACUGUGUGGGUAAAUGCUUCAUCCUGGCUCAUUCUGUACUUCCUUAGCACUUUAUAUAUUCUACAUGUUCAGAGACUGUCUUGAACAUCUGCAAAUGCUGCAUAUCAGUUCCAGAAUAUUCCCCCUUCGAUGGUGUAAUAUGUAUUGCUCUGAUUAUAAGUCAAUGCUUGCUUGAAUAGAUUGCUGCUUGUUUUGGGCUGCAUGGGGAGCUCAACUCAACAAAGAUCCAUGUAACAUACAAAUACAGCAAGGCAAUAAUUGUUUUGAAGCUCCAUGUAACAUAUAAACACAGCAAGGAAAAUAUUUUUAUUUGAAUUUCUAAGGAGAAAUUGGCGAUCAUUGACAUGAUUCCUCUUCCCAUGUAAA